AUGCGUUUGGCUUUGACAGAUGCCUAUGGAGCUCUUAGUAUCGCAGUGCCGUCUCGACUAUACUAUCCACUCCCCACAGAAGACAAACCAUUAUCAGGAAAGCGACUCGGGGUCAAAGAUAUCUACGACCUCAAGGGAGUUCGCACUAGUGGCGGGAACAGAGCGUACCGAGACCUCGUCAAUCCUGCCCCUGAGAGCGCGGCAGCAUUACAAAAGCUGAUUGAUCUGGGCGCUGUCGUUAUCGGAAAGACGAAGACCACACAAUUUGCGCUUGGAGAGCGGCCAACCGCUGACUAUGUGGAUCAGUUAGCACCCUUUAAUCCCAGGGGAGAUGGUUACCAGCAUCCUCAAGGGUCGUCGGCGGGUUCCGGAGCUGGACUCGCAUCAUACAACUGGAUGGACAUUGCAACUGCGUCGGACACGGGUGGAUCUGUUCGCCUACCAGCCAUGGCAAAUGGUCUUUUCGGCAUGCGUGUCACUAACGCCUCACUGCCGCUUGAUGGAAUUCUACCCAUAUCAGCAAUUUUCGAUACGCCGGGCGUAUUGGCUCGCUCGGCUCGGCUGCUACAAGCCGUACAUAGAAGAUGGUAUCCAGCCAAGGUAUAUACGUCUUAUCCCAAGCGUAUCGUUUUACCCGACCUGUUCUGGCCCACUGUGAAUGGAACAAGCAUGCACAUCUUCGAUUCGUUCAUCUCCCAGCUCGCUACCUUCCUUGAUGCCAACUUGACAACCUUCAACGCCAAUGCCAGCUUUAAUACAUACACGAACACUUCCGAAGGCCCGGCAUCAUACAUUGGCUCCACAUACUCUGAUAUCACCAACGUCGAUCAAUACCGCGACCUAGGUCUACCAUUCAGGGAGCAGUACAUCGCCAAGUUCGGCAGAGCACCGUAUUGGAAUCCACAAACACGAGCGCGAUGGAACCGGGCUGCUACCUUGCCAACCUCCAGUUACACCACUGCUAUCGAGCGCACAAAGACGUUUCAAUCAUGGUUUCGAGAAACUCUAACGCCCACAUGUGAAUCCACAUUGGUGUUAUAUCCCAUGGGCGCUGGUACAGAAGACUAUCGUGACAUAUACACCACUGCACCGGGUGGUAUCUUUGCUGCGGGGCUACCCGGGAAUCAGAUGUCUGUUUUGGCUGCACUGCCUGACUACACUAUUCCAAUUGGUGAAAGGACUUAUUUCAGCAGGGUAACCGAGAGAAAUGAGACGCUGCCUAUUACAAUUGGCAUGGUAGCUGCUGCAGGAUGCGAUCAUAUGCUCAUGGACUUCGUCGCUGAGCUUGCAGACGCUGGUAUCAUUUCUGGGGACGUGAAGACAGGCUCCAUGGCUUCCGCCGCUGCCCUUGCCUUUCCAGGUGCAGAAGGUUUUGGUCGCAACGCGGCCGGUGGUCGUGGCGGUACCGUUUACGUUGUCACCAACCUCAACGACAGCGGUGAAGGCUCGCUCCGUGAUGCCGUUUCCAAACCCGACCGCAUCGUUGUGUUCGCCAUCGGUGGGUUGAUUAAGAUCACUGAGCGCAUGGUCGUGUCGAAACGCAUAUCCAUUCUUGGGCAAACAGCACCUGGUGAUGGCAUUACAGUAUACGGCAACGGCUGGAGUUUCAGCAAUGCUGACGAUGCAGUCGUACGGUAUUUGCGCAUCAGAAUGGGAAAAGGAGGUAGUAGUGGCAAAGAUGGCAUCACGAUUGCAGAGGGGAGCAACAUGAUCUUCGACCACGUCUCUGUAACCUGGGGCCGAGACGAAACUUUUUCGAUAUCUGGUUCAGAAGUCGGUAACAUCACCAUCCAGAACAGUAUCAUUGGGCAGGGUCUUCAGACACAUUCUUGUGGCGGUUUGAUGCAAACAAAUGUCGGGAAUGGUAUCAGUCUGUUCCGCAACUUGUACAUUGACAACAAGACGAGAAAUCCAAAAGUCAAGGGUACGAAUGACUUUACCAACAACGUUGUCUACAACUGGGGAGGAGGCGGCGGAUACAUUGCUGGAGAUUCAAGUGCAGCGAGCGAAGCGAAUAUCGUUGGAAACUAUUUUGUUAGUGGCCCGAGUACCAGCGUAACAGCCUUCACGCGAGGAAACGAGAACUUCAAGGGAUACGUUGAAGGAAACUUCUAUGAUUCUAAUCGCGAUGGUGUAUUGGACGGAUCGGAGCUUGGUGUAGCAUCCAGCAACUAUGGCGGCAUGAACAUCCAGGCAGCAAAAUUUCCUUUUCCGGCACCCGAGAAAGCCUUGUCAGCCAACGAUGCGUUGACGCUUGCUGAGAAGUCUGUUGGUGCAAGCAAAGUCCGCGAUGCGGUUGAUGCGCGACUCGUUGAAGAGUUGAAGAGCUAUGGGAAGACGGGAGAGUUGAUCAGUGAUGAGAAUGCUAGUCCAAUGGCCGGACCAGGAACUAUUGAUGGCGGAGAGCAAUGGGUUGACGCGAACGGUAAUGGCAUACCCGACGAUGUCGAAGAACAAUUCAAAGACGUGGAGGAAUGGGCAAAUAGCUUAGUACCGAGUAGCUACUAG